ACUGUCAGUUGGCUAAUCGCUGAGGCGCCGUAGCUCCAAAAGAACUGUAACCGCAAGUCAGCAACAUACGCGCGUACUUGAAGAGAGCGGCCAGACAAUCCAGAAGCAGCAAAACUGAGUACAAAUAUACACCAACAACAAGCCGAUAAGUGAAUGUAUUAAACAGCGAUUACAAUAAUCUGUAUGUACGUACAUAACAAUGUACUAAAUAAUCAUUGAUCGCUAUCGCCAGUCGUUGGUGGGGUAUAAAACCGAAACGUCUCUCUGCUGGCACAUCAAACCGCGCAGACCAUCGAUCAACGCGACUUAAGCAAGGAAGCCAGUGCUAGCUGCCGACUCACAAGCCGAUUCGAUCUCAGCAAAAGCCGCCGACGCCAACAGCUUUUUAUUUUACCUCAACCAGAGUGUUGGUGGGUCUUCUUCGCGGAUGCGCGCGCGUUUGUGUAUGUACGAUUAGAGAUCGCAAAAUAUUUAUAGAAAAAGAAGUGUGAUUAGGGAUAAAAAUGUCGGAACAAAAAGCAGAAAGUGCUCAAAAGCAACAAAACCAAAGUCAAAGUCAAAUUGGCGCACACGAAAAUGCCGGUAAAAUGCAAAAAGUUACGACGCAAAAUAAUAACAACGCUUUGGAACUCGACUACCUCCGGGAACGUUUGCAACACUUGCAAGAUAGUCUACUUAAAGAUUUUAAAAAGUGUAUAAACGAAGAAAUCGAAAAUAUUGUGCAGGAGCUGCGUCAACACGAACUCCAACUAAACGAAUUCCGCGGCUUCGCUAAAUCACAACACACGAACACCUGGAGCAAUCGCAUUGCAGUGACGACAGACACCCAAACGGCCAAUGGCAGUGUACCUACUGAAAAAUCCAAAGGAAUCAAUCCCGAAAGUAGGGACAACAAAUUAGCAGGCAAGCACAAAAAACAGCCCCGACCGCUGCCCGACAAAGUGUUCAAAAUACGCGAAUCGUAUCUCACGGCGUUACUGGAGGUCGACCACAUGCGCACCAUUUAUCACAUAUUCGUCGCAAUAUUGCUGAUGCUACUCAUACAAAGCAUUUCGUAUGAUUAUUUGGCCGAGGGAAGAGUGUACUUCGGUUUGGGCACCUUUAAAUCGUCUUUGGAGAAAAUUGAAUAUGUUUUUGGCAUUUGGUUAUUGGAACAUGCCGUCGUAUUUCUGCUUUAUUACGCCUUCAAAAUGUGGACUAACGUGCGGGUCAAAUUGGCUAGGCAACCGGCGCUCCAAAGUUUCUGGUCGCAUUCCUGCCUAAUAACAUAUAUUAGCUCACAGUUAUUGUUCGGUUAUGUCGCCUCGGCACUGUGCCUUAAGUUGGAUCUAACUUUUAUAACCGCCUCCAUUUUGCUGCUCGAGUCCACUAGACUGCUGAUGAAAAUGCAUUCCUUCGUGCGCACAAAUGCUGGACGCGUGCUCGCCGGCAAACUGAAAACAGAUGCGAUAUCAGGUGAUGUUGACGACAUAUAUGAUGUACAGCAGUCAGCACAAGCCAUACGCCUGCCAAGCUUCAGUUCCUACUUAUACUUUCUCUUCGCACCGACACUCAUCUAUCGCGAUAGCUAUCCGCGCACAACGCACAUACGUUGGAAAUUCGCCUUGGCGCGUUUCAUGGAAGUCGUUGGAGUUGCAUUCUUUUACAGUUAUAUAUUUGAACGUUACAUUAGGGUACAGUACGAAAAUAUUGGCCUUGAGGAAUUGAGUCUACGCACUUUCGUUAUUAAGUUACACAGCAUGGUUAUGCCCAACAAUAUCAUCUUUUUAUGCGGUUUCUACCUCAUUCUACAUUCUUGGUUGAAUUUCACCUCGGAAUUGUUACGCUUCGGCGAUCGCAUGUUCUAUAAGGAUUGGUGGACAUCAUCAACGUAUGAUGAAUACUUCCGUAAUUGGAAUGUUGUGGUGCAUGAUUGGCUCUAUGAGUAUAUCUAUAAGGAUUCUUAUAAUUACUUGUUUAAGGGCGCAAAGUUACCAGCAAUGUUAAUGGUAUUCUAUACGUCGGCGUUGGUGCACGAACACAUAAUAGGAUUUGCGUUAAAACUAUUCUUCCCAGUGAUGUUUUGUUUCUUUGGUGGAUUUUCUGUAGGUCUGAUAUUUCUCUUCCGGAACGCCUCCAAGAGAGUUGGUAACUUCGUGGUAUGGUUUACACUGAUCUUUGGCAAUGGCUUAUUAUUUUCCUUAUAUAGUAUAGAAUAUUAUGCGCGCCAAAAUUGUCCAAGAACCUAUGAAAGUUGGACAGACUACUUUGUGCCCACAAUGUGGACUUGCUACAACAAAUAACAGUACAACAGGUCGAACAAAUUUUUUGUAUAUUUAUAUUGUACAUAUAGAGCUUUAGAGGUUAUAGUGAAGGAUAGGACUAAUUUUCUUUCUAAUAAUUAGAUGUAUCUUUGUAAAUAUGUAAGUGCGUAGAUAUUAAAAUCUUGAAAUGUCUUCAACAGUCUUUUUCUGAAACUUUGCUGUGUUGUUUUUACUAAGAAACUUUUUAGAUUUCUCGUAACAAUAGUUGUUAUGUGUUUAAGAAAUAUAAGUAGUAAUAUAGAAAUUAUUGUGUAAAAAAUAUAUGCCAAUUUUAAGUAAUCUAAAUCUUAAUAAAAAUACAAACAUAUGUUUCCUAAUAAAAAAUAGAUUCUGUUUUAAAUGUAAUUUAGUUGUAUUUCUCGGCAUAGAGGUUCGUAAAAGGAUUACAAAAACGAUAGAUUGAGGAGAUUUGAAUACAACAGCAGUGACAUCCCUUUCGUCUAUCCGAUUAAAAAUACCGGUAACCAAAAAAUGGAUAGACACUACUUUUCCCAAAUUUAGCGCAACAACUGGGACUUAUAUAACAUAUAUAACACGGAAACCUUCCAAUCCAAGUAACAUUUAACUUGUAUAAGACUUUAGGCCCAGCUCAAUCUCUUCACUCUAAUACCAUGUUCAGACCGAAAAUUUAAAAGAUUAGAUUACAUUUAAGCAUUUCAUAACCCAACAGUGUUCUCACUGCCGUUAGAAAGAUCAAAAAACAGCUGUUAUUGUCAUUCAAGAAUUCACAUCGCUUAAUAUUUAUCAAAAGAAAAGAUUGUCAUAUAGUAUUUUGAAAUAAAAGCCGUCUUUUUUUCAAAU